ACCCGCCGGGAAUCAAGAUGGUUUGCAUCGCGUGAAUAUCUCAGAAGGCUUAUAGGACAGGAAACUAUCAGCGCCUCACGGUAAGUCGAUUUUUAAUCAUAAUUUCUGCAAAAAAAUUAAAUUCGCUCGUUGCUGGUCUUACUGCCACUGAGUCAAAGAGCUUGUUGUAUCUAUAGCUUUACAACUUGCCUUCAGCUUUGAUGAGCGUCCCCCAUCAUCUGCAUAAAUUUGUAUCACUUCGUUAUCCUGGAAAUAUUUCGGUAGAUUUUUUUAAUCAUGAACGGGCCUUUUAUUAUAAGCACGGUUUUAAAAGCUAGAAAGUUUCGCUUUUUUCAUUACAUUGCGGCAGUUAGCGAUGAGAGAAAUCGUAUGACAUGUGAUGGAAUGAAUACCACAUGAGAGAAAUUUACUCUCGAACAAGAGCGAUAUUUUUAAGGCAUGCUUGUCGUGGUUGGGAGAACACUCUAGGCCGGUUUUCUACACAAAGUUUAUACGUUGUACAACAAAACCGCGUUCUAAGCCAACGAGCCUUUCAUAAGAAUAUUUAUUUUGGCGAACAGUGUCAAGGUCAUUCAUUAGAUUAAUCGCUGAAGUCCAGUGCUUGCAUAAAGGUAUAGGUUAGACCCGUUGAAACCAAGGUGGCGUCAUUCUUAUAUCAAGGACAAACAAAGUUUUUAAAAACGAAAAGGGCUUGAAUGAGCUUCGCAAGGUUUCCAUUCCAUUGGGAAUCGCCACAGUAGUCUCAUGCCGAUUCUUAAAGUGUGAGCAAAUUUCAGUAUUCACUUUAAUGGCGUUCUGAGAAGGCCUCUUUCCUUUAAUGCGAACAACGAGAGCUUGAGAAUUUCAACAGCUUUCCUAGACUACUUUUUGUCUAGCUUAGUUGAUAUAUUUUUCUUCUCUAUGCAUGUGUAUAAAAGCAACAGUAGACUCAAUUCCUCCUGGCUCGUAUCCAACCGAGGAACUCGUGUGUAUCUGCUUCUCAUCACCUCAAUAGCAGCUUAAGUUUAAUUCUGGGUUCUUUUCUUUUCGCUUUCUUGUCUUUUUACAAUAAAGAUAACAUGAAUUGUGGUAAAACUAAAUCAGUGAACCCAUACAGAAAUGUUUGUUGCAUUGGAUAUUCACCAAACAGUCCACGUGGACAAUGUCUAAACCAUUUCCUUAGAUACGAUUGGUUUAGACAAAACCAAAACAAACUUAUGUGACCGAGAGAGGAUUAGAGGAUUAGAGGAUCCUUUUUCUUGCCAGCUUUCUCGGGGCGGCCAUGUCGUAAAGACGGCAGAACAGAACUCAAAAUUUCAAGAGACACCAUCGACUUAUUCAUUUCGGAAUUACUGUAGUACAAAUCUAAUUUUAAACAAACAUGUCAUCUCUAUUCUCGCGCCCCGCUUUGUGUUGCACGUACAUGUAUUCUGCUCGCAGUGUUUAGUUAUCAAAUUCCAUUCGUUUCCGGUGAGAUGUCUAAAAGACACCUCGUGGAAGGUAGCGACCGAUGAAAUAACAUAUUUACCUCAGUCUCAUUUACAACUUCCACAUGAAUGUUAAAGGAAUGUCUCGUACUUGGCUAAAACCGUAGCCCCCCCAAAAAUUCUUAUCUACACAGAUUAGCUAAUGUUACAGUUUUCCUGUAACACACAAUACAGUCCAUGUGUGGCAGAAUGUUAUUGAUAACAUUCUGCCACACAGUACAGUCCAUGUGUGGCAGAAUAUUAUUGAUAACAUUCUCCAUACGGGCAUAACUGCAGCUGAACGUAGUUCUAAAGACCAUAAUCCUGCCUGGCCGAGAUCUAUGAUCAAAUGGCCGGGAGAACCAUUUCUUCGUGUCGUUGUAACAUACAUCGCUAAACAGCAGCAGAAAAAACUUAAAAGAAUAGCCUCUACGUCGCAGUCGCUCCCAGAACUUAUCCCUAAUCUCGGAGAAAGACUUAAAGGAAGAGCUGUUUUUAGCAUAUCACAUAAGCUCCCCUUUUAUAAAAGCUUUCUGGUUGCUAGAGGGGUGAAAGGACUCGAAGGAUAUUUACAAAUAUUUAAGAGGCUUCUGAAAGGUAGAAAACUGCAGCACGCUUCAGGAAUUAUCCCUAUACAGACAAAGAUCUAGGAAAGAAAUGCUGCUGUCGCUAAUACAGUGAGUAAGCUUAAUGCGAUCACUUUUGUUAUUAAGAGCACCUAGAAAUUCUAGGAGGGUGUCCCUGAGCUCACACCAAAUGGCAAAAAUGUCAUCAAUGAAACGCUUAUAGAGCACGAGAAAUUGGGAGUACUGCUUCAUAUGCAGCUUAAAACAUUUUAUUAGAGACUUUUUAAAUUUAAAAAAUAUAUGAUUUCAAUGUACAUACAUAUACAUUUUAUCUUCCACAAUAAUAACAACUGCAUUACUGCACAGAAAAACCAUGAUGAAUGUGGGCUUUUAAAGUAUGUCACUGGUCUUGAAAAUAAGUUUAGUAUGUACAAAUGUUUCUAUAACUAUCCGAAAAUGGAACACUAGACUCAGAAUAAACAAAAUUGAGGCGUACACUCAUAGAAGGCCUGUGAACAAAAAACCUAACUUUACAAACAUACUUGAAGUGAGAACAGGGAUUUCCUGGUUCCAGGAUUUUAAUAUCCCAUUUAGAUCCCAGCAGUGAGUCUAGCUUGGAAAGGUCCUUUCCAGAGUACAAAACUUGAAACUUAUUCUCAUUUGCUAGACCCAAGAUCGUAGAGUCGUGCAUGGGAUCAAAUACUCCAAGGUGAAUAGGCUGUGCAGGGCGCGUGGCGUUGCGGGAAAUACCAGAAUAAACACCCUAGCGUAUUUGACUAGCCAAACAACUCUUUCUUAAGUGUAACAAGUAAGAAACAUUUUCAGAAUUGUUUACCUGGCAAAACAAAACCCUAUCCCAACCCUCGCAAAUAAUUUUAUCCACUAGGCCCUUUGCCUUUGAUCCAACAACCACAUCAGAACGGGACAAAACAUGUUUCAUGUCGUUCAAUGUGCAGCAAACACUUCUAUCAAUACCUUCAACUUUGCCUUCCCCCAGGAAACAAAGAAAAAACUUAAACUUAAAUGUUUCCUUAUUUUUGGAGAUUCCGUUACAGAUAAAAACUGAAUCUUUACAAAAGUUAAAUGAAUACAGGGAUCCAACAGUUAAAACAAUUCCACUUUUAUCUACAUAAAAGUAGAAAUGAAGAUCUUCAGUUGCAGGAACUGCAUGGUUGCUAGGCUGCACAUGUUCUUGUGGCAAGGACUUGUCACUUGAAUGACGUUCUCCUGUAGUGGUGUCAUGGUUCUGGGUCUUCUGUCUCUUCCUCUUAUUCUCCUGCAACUGUUGGGCCUCCUCCAAAGGUUUGUUCCCGUCUACCUCCCAGAUGUUGAAACACGUCUCCCCUUCAAGGUCUACAGUCACCUAAAAUGAUAAAAUGGUUAUGUUUAACUAUAGUGGUAACAGUUAAUGUGCAUAAUCUUUCUUAUUCUCAGAAAUUGUGUAACUUACUGACUAGACAGCAAUCAUGUUGAGGUUACCAUAUACCUAUACCAGAACAUUUAGGGUGGCUCUAUUAAAAAAAAUUAAGUUCACAAAAUUGUCUGCACAAAACAGUAAUAACAUUCUUUUUGUGGUUAUUCUAAGAACUCUUUAUGGCUUCUCGACUUUCACUUCUUAAUACAGUUUACUAUCCUUACAUGAACCCUUGCUAACUCAAACCUCCCACUAACUCGAAGUAAUUUCAUUUCCCUUCAGGCCAUUUUCUGUGUAAUUUUACCCUCCAUAACCCAAACUUCUAAUAACUCAAACCUUUUUUCUAUUUUCCUUUAAGGUUAGAGUUAUCAGGGGUCGACUGUAAUUCCAAUUAAAAAAAUUUACCUUGCCUGCACUUACAACAAUGUAACCCAAUUAUGAUGUUAUCUGACAAUAUGCAAAGUGACCAGUUUUGGAGGAGUGACAAGCAAAUAAAUUCCCCUAACAGUUUCAAUACUCUGUCAAGGAGACAUGUGAUGAGAAUUUAGAAAAUUAUCAACUAGGGAUAGUACUUUUAUGUAACACCAAAUUCUCAGGAACAGCCAACAAAGGUUUGUAUGGUCAUAGGUUAGGAGAAUUGUACUUUAGAUCUUACGAGUGAAAGGUUAAAUAUUGUUUUCUCAAAAGGAGAAUUAAGAUAGCCUUUGUUACUCACCACUUUCCUGAUAGGAUCUGACCGCAAAACCUUCAAUUCUUUACCGUUAACGUAAACAACAUCACCUUGGAAUAGCUUCUUUAGGUUUGGAAACUGAAAGCAAGUAAAUAAACAAUCAAGAUUAUUUCACGCACGAUAAAACUAAAACAAACUAAAGAUGAAAACCGUGCCAUGUGUACAGAUCGAUGAUCGGCUGAUCGUUUCUAAAAAAGUAAUCUUUACAACUUCUUACCUUGUUGUUUGCAAAACGUUUCUUCUGGCGUUACUCUCCUGAUCUCGGACGGGGCAAUGAUCUCCCGAUCCCACUCGGCUCUCCACGGAGAAAAAUUUACAACAAUUGCGUUGUCCGAUUUGCUGACAACUUUCGCUUUUGUCCAAAUUCCUAACUGAUCGACAGCUUCGACAGAAUCGCCAACACUAAACUCCAUCGCGACAAUAAACAACACGGUCAGAUCACAACAAGUUCAUUCGAACAAGACGAAAGUUGUGAAAGAAUGAACCGCCAGCGCGCGAAAACGAGCACUAUUUAUGACACGCAAUAUUUAUAUAAUAAAGAAGUAGUUUAAUUCAAGUGCACUCAUUCGGAUCAAAACAAAACGAUCGGCGCUCGAAAUGAUAAACUAUUUUCGCUUUUGCUCUUCGCAGUGAUUACAACAACUCGUCCAAGAUCCAUUUUUAAAUCUUUUGCGACGCUCUUUAAUCCUAGAAACAUAUUAAGGCUAAAAAUACACCGUGAAUAGAAACUAAAUCCAUUCAAAUGAUUGCAGUUUAUCGAUCUCGAGUUCAUUCAUCUCAAGACAAUGUAAACAAAAGGAUACAAGAUCACAAGUCUGUUCGCGCAAGGUAGCUUAAUUACACUAUUGCCCAAGUCUUUUGAAGUACCUUUCAUUUCACCCAAAAAGAAAAGUAAAACCAAAGACAAAUCCAUUAUGUGCAUGAUGAUGCAAUUUCUUACAAUGCAGAUCGCUCCUAAUAAUUUGAGACGUUUUGGUCAAACGCUUGAACAACACACAAAAGAUUAUUUUACAUCAAAAAGAGAGAGGUGUUACACUUAAAAGAGCAACGUCCUCAGAACAUGAAAGUUGUUGCAGAAUUCUUCACCUUUCCGAUUUCUUGCGUUUAUUUAUGAUCCAUACAAUAUCCGUACUUUCUACAUUCAAACGACCUCGAUCUUCUGUUACAAGAUAGUGAUUCUAUUUAUCUGCUAUUACAACGGAAAUGCACGCCUGAACGACGCAAUACCAAGAUUAUUUGUGGUUUACUAAAAUCCCAAGCUAUUUCCUGAUGAAUUGAUUUUAACAGCUUUUUCCCAUUAUACUCCGAUCAACGCGUCUGUAAUUUACACUCGCACGCACGUAAUAUUUGCGACACGAAUGGCACAUCACGCAACGUCACAGGAUGUUCCAACCCAGACGCACACGCACAAUUUGCUUAGACAAUUUCGUAACUAAUUAUUUUAGACCAUUAUUUAUUUACUAUAUGACUUCUGCUGUGCGCAUUCUAAAUAUCCUUGCUACAAGUCUGCCAUUACCGUGCUACACUCAAUUAUACACCUCUAUCUUAAGUAACCCGACUGUCAUCAAACCCUUAUCUUAGAAAAUAAAGAAUCACGCGAUACGCUUAUAAGAUUGUCACGACAAAAGAAGCUUCCACGUAAAACCAGGAUCUGUAACGCGUCUAUUACAAUACUAAAAUUUAUCUUCGUCUAUUUAAAUAGCCAGGUUUUCUAGAUCAUAAAAGUAAUUAUAUAUUAAAAAUUAUUGAAAUAAAUAAAUGGAGAAGUUUUAAUAGUUUCAAUUUUUUAAUGAUUCACUUGAUAUCUGACAAAGACCAGAAUCGACAGAGUAGCGAAAUCACACCUACUCAAGAAACAUACGUUUCGUUUUUCAUCGAGGAGCAUCGCAUUACUUCACGAUAGUAUUUUGCGUGCCCAGGUUUGUGUGGUUCGAAGUUCGGAUAUUCUCAAGCAGCCGCUGUCAAAUUUUGCUUUUUUCGCUUUAUUUGGUUAAUUAUGUCAGCCAUAAGAACUUAAGCCGAAGUUGUUUCGGGAGUUGAAAAUACUCCAGAUGACGGCCAAAGCUGGAUGCAAGCUUACCAGCAGAAAAGCGAAGAAGAUGCCCUGAAAAAGAUCAAACAUUUGCUAAGCUUUGUUCCUUACUGCGCAAGACGGAAACACUGCGAAACUGUGACUGUAAAGACGGCGAUUUUCGCUGAAAUCUGAGUCACCUCGUACUUUAUUAUGCAAGCACCCAGAUCCUUAUUAAAAGAGAACAGUCGCCCAAAUUAAACAAACAAUUAGACGGAAAAUUUAAAAGAUGCCGUAAUUUUGUUACUAUUACGGCUGGUGUAUACCAUCUGCUACUGAAAAGGCAAAUACCUCUUGCUGUUAUGGAAGUUGAACAAGAGAGCUCCGAAAACAGCACUGUUCUGGUCUCUUUUUAACGAGGGUCUACAAAAAGUCAAGGUUGGUGCAAAACGUCUCAAAUUAUUAGGAGCGAUCUGCAUUGUAAGAAAUUGCAUCAUCAUGCACAUAAUGGAUUUGUCUUUGGUUUUACUUUUCUUUUUGGGUGAAAUGAAUGAAUUCUGUUGAAUGAAUUUUAACUACAUCAAUAAAAUAUUAGCCUCACUGAACCGAGCUGAUGCAAUGAUACUGUGGACCUUGGUCCUCAAGGUUGGUGCACCGACAUGGCUGGAGCUAACAUGAAUGGACUUCGGUAAGUUUUUGGUGAUCCACGCUGGAAGGGCUCAUAAAGCUCCGUCAAACCUUUCCCUUCUCGACGCAGUUCAUACGGACGCUAGGGACAGCGUCCUUCUCGCAGUUGAACUGUUGAACGCAGUUGAGCAGGAGACUUCAAAAGGUGGAACUGGCCCCUCUUAUGAUGAACGGAAAACAAAAUUGCACCACCGUGAACUGGGAAGGACAGCCCGACUUGCCGAAGAAAUUGUGCGAAUAGCAUUGGAAAAUGGUCUCUUAGUUGACCCUAAUUCGAGGCACCGUCCACCGGAGAACAAGACAACUCGCAAAAGAAAACAACACAAACACACAGAGGUUCAGUCAACACGCGUUCAAGCACUGCCUGGUACGAGUUCCUCUAGUUUGCAGCAACAGGACUCUAACAACUCGGGCUUCUCUUUGAGCCAACGCAGCUGCCAGAUAGAGCCACAGCCCAGCAAACAACACUGGCAAGCAUCCAGUCCACUGAUGUACAUCCGCAUUCAAACUCCAUGACAUUAAAUCAGCGAAGAUGCUUGCCGACCACAAGUCACCAUAUGGAGCAGCCAGCGGCAAUUAUUAUGGGGCGUUCGUAUCACGGUGUUAGCCCACGAGAAAUUCUUCAUCACCAUUCUCCAGUGAUUGCUGGAGGCUGUCUUGUUCAACAGCAUGACCCUUUGAGCACAGGACAAAACUAUCCGCAGCCACCAUACGCUUCGGGUGCUGAAAGUUGGCAUUCCAGAUAUUCUCCUCACAGGUAUGAGUUAGUUACGCUGCCAGGAAAUGUUAAAACGUGCUAUGGUCGUGGUGCUGAAUUUACUGAGAGGUACAGAAGUCCUCCGCACAACAUCGUGGUCAAGCAUAUCGACAGGCGACUUGUUCGGUGAGAUAAGCGAACGGGAACUUUCCUUUUCAGUGCAGAUAACAGCAAUACAUAUUACCGGCUAAAUUUCGCUCAUAUUCAACGCGAAAAUCCCUUUUUCAAUGGGCAAGUGUUUAUUGCUUUUGACAAGUUGAAUUCCUUUGAUAAUUCUUAAUGCAGCAUUAUUGAAAAUUGCAAUUUAUAUAUCACAGUAAUUCAACAUUUUUUAUUGGACUAGAUGUUUGUUUGAAGUUUCGGCCGCCUUCUCAUAAUCGGCAAGAGUUUCACCUUUUUAAAGAAAACUCAAUCCUUUCGUUCUUUUAUUGUUGUCAACGUUCACUGCAAAGUACCGAGCUCCAAAAAGGUACUCAAUAUAGGUUCAUACGAAGAAGUAUGUACUCCCCAUUACAUGGAGUACACUCUCCCGUUACUGUGACUUAUUGCUCUCAUUGUCGUUCGGCAGAAAUAUUUAGUGGCAUUCUUUCGUUGUGUUGUUGUUAUUGAAACAAGUUAAGCUUUCGCACGCCCCUUAGAAACGUUUUUUGACCAUUUUACAUUGAGGACAAAGUUUGACUGCCUUCCUACGAUUUGAAGUACAGAAUUUUUGGUAUAAAUUAGUUGAAUGAAUUUUAUAUUACUUAUAUGUAAGUUAAUCAAUGAAAUAGUAGUCCCACAAAACCGAGCUGAUGCAAUAAUAUUGGAAUAAACAAUAAUAUUUUUCAGUUGAAGAUGGGUUGUAUAAUUAACAUACAUUAUGUUAUGUCAAUUACGCCAACUUUGACCAUAAUUGAGGGUGGUAAAGGGGGGGAUGGGGGUCCUAAAUCACUUUUCACGAAAAAUAAGCUGGCCAUGCACGUUUCACGCAGUAUGAAAUAGCCAUUUCACGAAACGAAGAUAAAAGGUGUUAAAUUACCUGUUGGAAUAGAGAGACCUGGAGCCCAGAAUGACGAUUAGUUAGUCACAGUCAUGUUUCUACACAGUCUUGUUAUGAGACACUCACUGGAUUUUUGAAAGGAGGAGAAACAAUAACGGAUUAAGUCACGUUUCGCGAAAAAAAUAACCGUCAUUUCGCAAUUUCCUCGAAAAAAAGGCGAUUGACCGUAUAGGGCUAUGUAACCAAAUCAUGGCUCAUAUUUAAAAAAAACCGUUCCCCUCAACAAUAAUAACAAUAAUUAAUUAUUAUUUGUAGUACUAUUGAUAUUAUUAAAUGUGAUCUAUAAACCAUUAAUAAUUAACUAUUACUGACAUGACUUGUACCCACGAACCACGACUUGUACCCACACCCACGAUCCACUACCCACGACCAUUAGUCAAACUCGGACCAAGAUUUUUAUCCGUUGGCAGGAUUUUAAUGUCAGGAUCGGAUUUCAGCUCGUGAAGGUCUUCUCACUCUUGCUUUGAGAGAUUGUUUCUCCAAUGUGGUUUUUCAGCCACGAAGCUCUUUUGUAACUCUUUGCGAAGUAUGAAGAAACUCUCCGGCAAAAGUCUUGAAUUUGCUGGUUGAACUGAGGAACAGUCGGAAGUCGCAGGGAAGGUCUGAACUUCAGGCCUAAGCCCAGAACCCCAGACUGCCGCUUAGUGAGUUAGCUCAGUAGAAGUAAAAUUGUGGAUUUCCAAGUUUCGUGGAAGCAAGUCGACUAGCGGUCGGUUGGCCAUCUUAAACAACCAUUUCUGGAAUGUGGAACGUUUGUCUACUUUACGUGGCCUGAACUUUUGCCAUGGACGUUUUUUAACUGUGUUCGAAGUUUGCUAGAGCUCGACCCUGACCUGUCACGCUUGGCGUUGGGUUUACCACUGCGCUUGGCACCGGGUUUGUCAUUUCUGUUCCUAAUUAUUGUUCUCAUUAGCAUAUAUCAAAGGGGUUGUAAACGAAUUCACUCUAAUAGGGUACCUGCCGGCAAAAUCGUCCUAUGCGCACUACUUUUGAAGAAACCAUAAAAAAACUAUAUAUCACUGCAAAGCUUAUAAAGUAUAUAUAUCACAGUCUUUCAUUUGUUAGGCGUGCGAACCUUAAAACACAAAAGAGACGGUGUUUGCGUUGCUAAAUUACCAGCUGGCUCUAUGUUGCCGCGGACCUCCAAAUAAAUUGGACAAUAUUAUUCAGCAGAUAAUGGGCGAACAAAGCGUAUGAGGCUUAGGUGUAUGGGGCCAUCAGCAAAAAGUGAUCGAGCAUUGUUUCAUUUUUUGCCCACUGUGCCUUCUUUCAAGGAAGGACGUAGGCACUAUGUCGUGAUGUCGUGUUAAUCGAAGUCCGUAAGCCCUUCUCCAAGCCCCUCGCGGUUUUCAAAAUGGCAGGCUAUCGUGAGACACCCCUAACGUCUCUCGUGACUCGUCCUGGUUCAUCUUCGACGCUGGCCAUCGUUUAAUGAGUCUGAUCGAGUUUAGUUUGAUGUUUGUUCUUGGUCUCACCUCUGCGUUUCGACAAUAUUAUCGAUUUGAAAGCUACGUCGUCAAACGUUCUCACAUUUGCGUUUUACUCGAACAUAUUAAACAUAUCCUUUGAAGAGGAAUGCAACUUGAAAGGAAAAAAAAAAGACGAAAAGAUUUGACACAGCCAGACCUUGAACCUUACACCGUCAGACUCAAGAAGAGUAGCUGUUAUCAAAAGCUUAUGACCUAGGAUCAGUGUUUAAGCUUCUAGUUGCGCUAGGUACGCAGAGCAUACGAACUGGCGGCGUUUUGUGUUAAAGUACAUUUAAUGCACAUUUAAUACAUGUACCUAUUCUAAUAAUUUCUUGCCCUAACCCCGGCUUGUCAAUUGGCCAGUGUACAAAUUCUUUCCCAACCAAGUUCUCCUUUUGUCGAAAUUUUGCAAUUCUGGCAUCGACAAGAACUGUUCAUUAACCGCUCUGCAAUUUACACCACACUGAUUUUUUUUACUACGAUACUCUGCAGCUAUACAACAGCAGGCACAUGUAGUUAUAGACUUCGUUUAUUCAAGAAUCAGGUAGUUCUUAGCGUUUUAUUUUUUAAUUUUUUUCUUAGCAUUUUUCUUUUUCAUGUUAAAAAGGUGUAUCUGAUUGGAUUUGCAUAAAACAUGCCCGCUAUGUUACACGAUUGACAGUCAGAUACAUGCUUUGCCAGGGCUCAGCUAGUGGGUGAACACCCUGUGGUUGGAGGGUGGUUGAGGGGUUGGGGAAAUAUUCAAGUUUGAGAGGUUUGUGUGCGGAUAUUGACUUUAAGUUUGUCGUGUUUUUAAGUGUGUUUUUUGUGAAUUUCACUCAGAUAUAUAAAGCUGCGUUACAAAAUAUUUACUAUCCCUGAUUAUUUCGUGGAUCGGCGAAAGCUUGGAAACUUAUUCUUUGCACAAAAGCUCAGGGUUUCAAUUGAAACCUUUACAUAAUCACUUAUUUCGCUGUCCUAUACAGUCAGUUGAAAACAUCACUUAGUCAGUUCAAACUCGUUUUAAGUUAGGGGCGCAAAAUCAAGGGUGUUCCUGUAUUUUUUGUGUCCAAAAAUGAUCUGUUAUCGGGAUAUUCUUUUCAAACCUUCAACCCUUUGCCCAAAAGAAUAUUAGCGUGGUGGAGUGAAAUUUCAUUUAGGUAAAGGUUUUCGUGUUGUUUUGCUACUACUCUCCUUUAUUUUGCUUUUGCAGCCCAGUAACUCACAAUGAUGACAUUGCAAUUAUUUGUAGGUAAGGGGGUGGCUGGCUGGCUGGCUUUUAUAGAGGUGUGGCUUUACGUAACACGUAACAGACUCCAGAUAUGUUUCGUAGACUGAGAUACUGUGUGGUCUGUUUCCUAUCGAAAAUUCCUAGACGAAAGUUUGGAACUAUCACUGUGGCAUUGGCUACCUUGGUAACAACCAUCUACUGUGGUACUUUAAUAAGAUUCCCUUCCGAUGCUCCAACUCCCAGCCCCACUGAACCAAGCUACGAUUGUAAAAUUUGGAAACAAUCUCCACAACAUAAAACGACUUUGAUAACAACGAAAUCAUGUUCAAGGAACUAUUUUCUUCUUAUCUUAGUGUCAUCUGCACCUGCAAACCAAGGUAGAAGAAAUCUAAUUCGUCAAACAUGGGGCACUGAUAAUAACGUGUCUCCAGAGUGGAAGACAUACUUUCUUAUUGCGAAAGCAGAGAAUCAAACACAUUCAGAUUUUGUCGAUAAGGAAGACGAAGUUUAUGGAGACUUGAUUCGCGCGGACUAUUACGAGAAUUACUGGAGACAGAGUUUUAAGAUUAUGAUGGCCUUUGAGUGGGCAUCGCGAUAUUGCAAUUUUUCUUACAUGUUGAAAGCAGACGACGACGUCCUGGUUAAUACCGCUGAUUUAAUUUAUUUUUUGCAAAAGGAAUCAACUCCAGAAAAGAAACUUUUUCUGGGACGAGCUCAGCGUAGUCCUGGUGUAGCUAGAGAUGGUAAAUGGAACGUCAGCUACGAAGAGUACAACCACACUCACUAUCCAGAUUUCUGUAGUGGGGCUGGCUAUGUUAUGACCUAUGACGUUAUCGAGUGCAUUGUUCCCCUGUUUGAUGUAAUUAAGCCGUAUAGGAUGGACGAUGUUUAUGUAGGAAUGCUUGCUCAUGCCAUGGGUGUGAAAGCAGUCGGUCAUAGAGGGUUCCUUAUUCCGUUUGAAAAUUAUGAAGACUGUAAUUUUGUCCCAAACGUUCUUCUGCAGCACCGAGCAACUGGACAGUGUUUAAUCAAACUUCAUCAUAUUCAUAAGAACAUCAAAGAUUUCCUCUUUAAUAGAAAACUGGGAUCUUAUUUUUAAUUUGUUAUUUCAUACUUGACUUUGUUUAUCUCCAUAUCUGAAGGACAUUGGCGCGGUCAAGUAAAAUUUGACAAAUGUAAAAAGUCUAAGACAAGAAUCAAAGGCUCCCCAGAGAUACCUCAUGGUAUGUCUUAAUUCGUCAAUUAAGAGGCGAGAACCUCAACCUUUUGCUAUCUUCUUCCAAAAUUGCGUGAUCUACCCGUACACUAUUACUUACUUUAAAAGCAAUAGCUGGAGCACUAAAACUAAACCAUGUGAGUAAUAACAAAAUUCAAAAGAUGAGGUUUCAGAACAACCGUUAUUCAAAGUCAGAUGAACAGACUUUCCCGAAAUACCGGCUAAAGCUACACAAAAAAAAUUAUAGUAUUUUAGAGUGCCAUAUGACGGUGCCACAAUGGCUUUGACUGAGUUGCUCUCAAAAUUAAAAACGACAAAGGCUUGCGUGGGCAUCGCAAAGGUUUUAUUCGAUUUCUUACCUUCUUCAAUAAUUGUUAACCCUUUACACCCUAAAGUCACUAUGCAUAUUCUCUAUACUGCACUUUAUACAUUCCUAAGGUGCUGACAAGGAGAAUUUGUUUACCAAUCAAAAGCUUCUUUCGUUGGUGAUCAUUUCCUUUAUUCUCAUGACCUUAACAUGUGAUUCAGGGGUGAUACUGUAGGGAGAAAUUUGAUACUAGUCACUCUUGGGGUCACUCUUUUAUUCUCAUAACCUUAACAUGUGAUUCAGGGGUGAUACUGUAGGGAGAAAUUUGAUACUAGUCACUCUUGGGGUCAUUCUUUUAUUCUCAUAACCUUAACAUGUGAUUUAGGGGUGAUACUGUUGGGAGAAAUUUGAUACUAGUCGCUCUUAGGGUUUAAAGGGUUAACUUUGUAGAAGGGCUUCCAUAUUUCGUGCUGUUUAUAAGAACAGUUUUGAGAUAAAGUCUAAAACUGAUUAAACGUGUGAAAUAGCUUUUUACUAGAGAUGGAGAACGCAAAAAAUACAAUUCUAGCUUUGUUCAACAAAUUCGCAGUCAUGCAAGAUCGAAUCGCACCACCUUCAGCGAAAAUCAUUGCAAGGUGAACUUUUCAAAGGGACCUUUAUCCUUUGUGAGCAACGCUUUUUUGUACAAAAGUGCACAGAAUGCAAAUCAUCACAACGUGCAAUAGGGCUGACUUUUCAUAGACUUGGUAAAAAUUGAUUUUGCAUGAAAUGGUAAUCAACCCUUCCGGAGUUGAACAUAUUUCUUACGGAAAGAAAACAAAAAAGAAUAAGAAUGAAAUGAGUUUAUCUGUUCAAAGACUGAACUUAUCAAGAGUACUGAACUGAUGAUUUCAUUCAUGAAUAUCUCCAGAAGUUUUUUGUAACCAAGAGUAUCAACUUAGUUCAAUGGUAUAAAAAUAGAUUUUUGAUCGCGCAAACAAAAUGUUUCAUCAAGUCAAGAAUACAGGUCUUCACUGAACUCCGUUAUCCAAGAGGCAUGGAUACAAACCCGCGCGUCGAUCCAAAGAAGCUUUGAGAUUAACCAGUUACCAAUAACAAGAAAAUAUCUUGUCAUAACUUGACACAGAUUGUUGCUUAUUUGCAUGGAAAUCGACUUCUUAGUUUUAAUAAAACACCAACUUUUAGGCCCCUUGCGAUUCUUUUUUUCUAUUUUAGGCCAUUACGCUUUCCUCUCCUC